GGCUCCUCCGGUUCCGGGACAUGUGGGGAGACACACUGCAGGCAGAACCGCGGCUCUGACCGGCGGCUCCCGGCUGCCAGCACGCACCGGAGCCGGGCGCAGAGUCUCCCACACUGUCUCUAUUACAACAUCGCAGACCCGCUGGAGUCUGGCCUGCCCUGUGUUCACCUCUGCCCUCGCCCUGGACACGCCGGAACCCUCUGGCCUGAACGCCGGGCCGGCACUGACAUGGCACUCGCGAGCCAAAGCAAGGGAGCUUCCGGGAGGCGCACCGUGGUGCUUGCCUUGGCCCAUGGGUGACGCUGCUCUGAGGCAGCUCAGUGGUGCAAACACGUGGGAGCAAACACAUGAAUCGUAGCUGCGGGCAGGAGGAAUAUCAGGUGCAUCUCUAGGCCCCGAGGGCUCAACUCCUCCACUUAAACCCCUCCCACCGGGGCGGCCGCUCAGUUUCACAGAGCAGCCGGCUGAGACAGUCCUGCUCCUGGGCACUGUCCGCCGCCGCCACCCGCCGCCGCCUGCUCCUGCACUGCCUGCCUCCGCUCCAGGCCCCAGAUGAGCGACGCGCCCACGGUCGGGCCGGCGGCACAGCUAGCUGGCUGCAGGUAAGGCGGCAGGAGGGAAGCCGGGGAGCGGCAACACUCCACGUGUGGAUUCGGCAGCAGCCACCGCAAGCGGGCCCCAGGGAAGACCGGAGCCCCACCGAGAGAAGAAAAUGAGUCUCCUCAAAGAGCGGAAACCCAAGAAGCCGCACUACAUCCCGAGGCCUCCGGGGAAGCCCUUCAAGUACAAGUGCUUCCAGUGUCCCUUCACCUGCAACGAGAAGUCUCAUCUCUUUAACCACAUGAAGUACGGUCUCUGCAAGAACUCCAUCACUCUGGUGUCGGAGCAAGACCGCGUCCCCAAGUGCUCCAAACCCAGCUCCCUGGACCCUAAGCACGCACACCCGCCGGACCCUGCGGUGAAGCCCACCUCCUCCAAGUCGGCCACACACAGGCUCCCCGCCCUGGACGCCAAGCUCCCGCUCGGCCUCGCCAAGGACGACGCCAAGGAGAACGUGCAACUGCAGGUCCACGGGUCCCACAAGGGCGCUGGGCAGAAGCCCGCGCCCCACAAGGAAGCCGCACACCUGGGGCCGGCCCCAGAGGCCGCCCCGGGCACCCAGCCCACCCUGGAGGGCAUCGUGCGGCCGUCGGCCUUUGUCCCCGUGGGAGACCACAGACUCAAAGGGCCUGAGCACGCUGAGGCUCUCGAGCCACUGGCCCUGCCCAGCCCCACCGCCAAGGCUGCUGCCUUCCAUGCCAAGUCGGCCUUCCACGCCCCUGCCUACCCGUGGAAAGCCGGCUCGCCUUUCCUCCCGCCCGAGUUUCCACAUAAAGUCCCACCCACAAAGGGGUUCGGGGCCCUCUCCCCUUACGUGCACCCUGCCGUCCCUGAGUACCCCCCUCACUUUUACGCAGAGCACGGACUGGCCACCAUCUACACGUCCUUCCGACUGGCCGGGGACCCACCGGAGUGUGGCGCCCCCCUGCUGUCCGUCUACGGGGCCCGAGACCAGAGGCACUUCCUGCCCCACCCGGGGCCCAUGCCCAAGCACCUGAGCCCCUCUCCCCCGACAUAUGAGCACUACAGGUUCCUCCCGCAGUACCACCCCAGCCUGCCGGUUCCUUACGGGUUCUACAGGCCCGAGUCCGCGUUCUCCUCCUACGGUCUCAGGCUGCCACUCGUCACCGGUGUUUCUCAAGAUCAAAGCUCUCACCUGCUGGAAGAGGCUGACCUGGCCUACCGGGCCUCAAGUCCGCCCACGUCAAACCCCUCCGACUCCCACAAAAAACAUGCAGAGUCUGACAAAGAGAGUCCGACUCCCGAGGCUGAAGACCCUCCCAAAGACAGGCAGAGGGACACCGAAGGGACCAAGAUGAGCCCGCGUGCGGGCAGUGCGGCCACCGGCUCCCCAGGGAGGCCGAGCCCCACCAACUUCACACAGACCAGCCAGCCAUGUGCCGGACUGGGCAGCCUCUCGGACAAGCCCGCCUGUAGUGCCCUGGGGAGGCUCCAGCAGCCCGAACGGGGCCUCACCGCCUUCAAGCCCAUCAUGAAGAGCACAGAGCACCCACAUUCCCAAGCUCUGGAAAACAGAGACAACUCCCCAAAAAGCCCCGAAGCGGUGAGCACCGACGCUCCGGCCCAGGCAGGGAGCACCUGCGGCAGCGUGCCGUCCAGCCCGGAGGGUGGUUCCGGGGCAGCCCCGCUGAACCUCUCCAAGAAACCGGAGACCAAGCCAGCAGCCACCCACCCCCCCAUGUACAAAGACUUUGCAGAGCUGCAGGACAUGCCUCUCAACCUCUCGGUGAAGGACCCCUGCAACGCCCUGACGCCGAGGCCCUCCCCCCACAGCCCGCCGCGGGAGCCGGAACCUGCUCCUGCUUCUCAGAAUGCUGAGCCAGAAGGUUCUGGAGAUGGGCCGGACCGCACCGAGACCAACCAGAACGGCCCCAGCUCUGACGAAGGUCCAGUGGCCAGCCCCACGGGGGAGGCCCAGGACGCACGGGCGGCGGACAACAGUGACGAGCAGAAGCAGACAGCGGCCGUGGCCCUCUGCCAGCUGGCAGCCUACAGCCCAGGCCCCGUCCGGGUGGGCGACGGGGAAGCCGUGGCCCAGGAGCCCUCCUGCCAACGCGACGCGCCCUCGGCAGGUGCCUCCGCGGGCCGAGAGCCUCCGAGCAGCCUCAGACCCAAAGCGCAGAAGAGAGCGAGCCCGCGGGACGCGGGGAGGGCCCAGCAGGGGACCAAGAAGGCAAAGCCGAGCGACACGGCCAGAGUGUCCACGCUCCGGAAGAGGACGCGGCUGUCUUAGCGCCAGCUCACCCGCCCGCUGAGGCUCGCCCGCCCGCUGAGAGCUCGGGCCGGCACCCCCGAAGGCGGGUCACGGAGCAGCAAGCCUUCAAGGGCACCUUCAUUCUUUCACCUGGUCGGCUUUUACAAGGCAGUUUUUUCUUCUCAAAAAGACACACGGAAAGCAAGCCGCAAAUGAGUUCGCUUUCUGCAAACGCCACGCAGAAUGCUGCACAGCGCCCCCACUCGGGGCUGUGAGAACAUCUGAACGACUCACGAGACCGACACGUUAGACACUGGCUUCCAAUUCUGCGAAAUACCAAACGAAACAGGUAAAGCGGAAAGGUCGCUUUCACGUGUAAGCCACCUCACGGAAAACCUUUUCACAAUACUCUUCCUGUAAAUAUCUUAGCACUAGAACAUACUGUCUUAACUGUAUUAUUAAACCGACUGUGUUUUGAAGUAACUGAAAAUGCCAGAAAAAACAUUUGCAGUGCUGACAUGCAAGUGCUGUAUGUAAAAACGUUGUGAUCUGUUACGACUGAAGAUUACACGUCCAGCAAAAGGCUAUUUAUGCAAAUAAUUUAUUCCGCUGGGGGAAGCGCACUGCCGGUGAAGCCAUUUCACUGGGUUCUAUUCUGCACAACGUUACAAUGGGUUUUCUGACUCACUCAGCCUCACUCCCCUCUCCCUGAAAUGAUGACAGAACUGCUAAUUUUCCAAUAAAGUCAUAGAUGAAAUUUAAGGGUACACAAAAUGAAGACAAAGAUGAACUGUGUAACACUGAAGUGUAUUUUGCCACAAUAAACUUAAAAUGAAAAAAGAGACAAGAGCUG